AGGGGCUGAGUGAGGGCGCAAGUUGUGCGCUCCGGGCUGGGCUGUUGUUGCUGUAACCAAGCUACUCUGUAUAGUGAGGGAGGCGGGGGGAGGCACAGCCCGCACCGUGCACUCUCCCUUCCAUGGCUGCAUCCCCACUGCCGCUCGGCUCAUCCAUCUGACUGACAGCAGCCCGCCUUCCCCCGGCAAGUUUGGGAGCCACUUCUCCCCCGAGCCCUUGGGGAGCUCAGUACGGACCCCUCGCAGCCGGGCUCUGGCGUUCCAGCUCCACCAUGGCGUCUCGCCAGCAAACCAGGAUCCAGGUGUACCUGGAAAAGAACAAGAUCGGACCUCUGUUUGAGGAAUUGAUGACAAAGCUGAUAACAGAGACGCCGGAGCAGCCAAUUCCUUUUCUGAUUAAUUAUCUCCAAUCCAAGCUAGGCAAUGUGGGCCAGCUACAGAGGACUCUGUCUGGAUCAGCUGCUCUGUGGGCAGAGAGUGAAUCCGCAGAAAAUAAAGGAACAAGACGAGACUGCAGGAAUUAUGAUAAGCCCUGGCAAGUCAAUGCAAAGAAGCCCAAAAAGUCAAAGAGCGACCUUGCAGUGUGUAACAUUUCCCCAACAUCCCCUGAAUCCAAGUCUUUACCAAGGUCAAUUGAGCACCCAAAUUGGGACUGGCGAACAAAACCGGAAAGUCGUGAUUUUGAUGAGUUAAACCACAUCCUUCAAGAAAGUAAGAAGUUGGGCAAAGCACUGGAGAACCUGUCCCGCAGUAUUGCUGUCUCAGAUGAACUAGAACAGGACACAAGGGCCUUUAACUCAUCAUUAUUAAAACCUUGUGUAAUUGGGGAAUGGGUUAGACGUGAAGACAAUGACCCUGACCCAUUGGCUGCUGAAAUGAUCCAGCCUCCAGUUCCAAGAACUAAAGGUGAACCACGGGAGGGAGAUGAGGGCAGCAGCAGCCCAGCAGGAAGUUUGAAGAUGGAGCCAAAAAACAAAGGUCUGAAGCAGCAGCAACAGCAGCACAAGAAACUGCUGGCAGCAAUGCUCUCGCAAGACUCGUUUGACUCCGUGCACAGCACUCCUGCCUCGGUCACAGAAGAAGACAUUGAUAACGAGGAUGAUGCAAUGGAACUGCUUGAGGACCUUGAUGAUCUUCGCAUGGAAGGAGUAACCAGCCUGAUGCCAUCUGGAAGUAAAUUUAGCCAAGGAAGAAGUACAUACACUACAGAGCCUCAAGCAAAAGUCACAUUAAACAUCUGCUCAAGGUGUGCAAGAUUGCAAGGAGAAAACCUGGCACAGGGAAUAGAAGAGGUAACACAAGACAGACACUCCUCUGAGAAAGCUGGGACAGAUACACCUGCCGCAUUGCCUGCAGCAGAAACAUUAAUGGAGGAUGAUGAAGAAUUUGAGAGCGCGUCUCAAGUGACAGGACCUCGUCAACCAGUCUGGGAAUCUGAUGCCUUGUCUGCCAGAAGUGGAGGAUCUCAGAACCAAAAGAUCCUAAAAGAAGCAUUAACCGCGAAGGAACUGCAGAGCAUGGAAAAGCAUCUCGCUGAUAUCGAAAAGGACUUAGCACUGAUGGCUGAAGCAAGCAUGUCUCGGAGCCCAAGCAACCAACCAAGUGGCAUAAUUACCAAUGAACAUCAUGGAAGCUACCAUUCCUCUCAAAUGCAGAACCCAAGACCACAAGUGCCAAAUCAAACCACAAACAGCUUGCAUCUUCAUCUACAAGGCAGCAAGACACCGCCUCAAGCUACAAGCAGAACCCAGGGUACAAGUCUUGCAAAUAGUCGGCCGCAGACUCCAAAUUCACAAUCAAACAAACUUCAGACUCCUCUGAAUCCCUUAGGUAGGCCUGGGACUCCAAACAGCUUGUUGUCCCGGCCACACACCCCUAGUAGUCAAGGAAGUAAGGAAGGAAGCAUUUCAGGGCAAAUGAGUAGAUCUCUCACUGGUAAAAGUCAAAUUGGAUGGACAACCAACACGCCAUCAGCGGUUCCUCCUCAAGCAGGUGCAGACAUUUUAGGAAUUGCUUCACAAAGAAGUGUUACAGAAGAGGAAUCGUAUGAACAGCUUCUAGGUUCUCGGCAGCCAUGGACACUCCCCAGUGACACAGACAGUGAAGUCAUAGGGACGGAGAAAGGAAAACGUUUGUAAUACCUAAAGGACCAAGCACCAAUAAGCUGUAGAAGCCAAUUAAUUCAGUAUCAAGUUGGAGAAGAUGAUUGGAGAAUUGAUUUUUAAUCCCUGGUGUGUGCUAUCCAUAAGCACUAAUUGUAUUAUUUGGUGAAUCAAAAAACACUUUGAAAUGGUUCUUCUUUGCUUCUUUGGCAAUGUAGUCAAAAGGCUCAAAGACUAAUGAACAGGACCUGUGGCACAUUAUGGCAUAAAAGGCAACGGAAUGGAUACUUGGGGGUAAUCAGUUUAAAAAUGUUAUGAUAAAAGUGAUUGGAAACCAAAGUGAUGUCCAGGUUGCUGGUUUUGGAUCCAAGUUUUCUUUUCUUCUCCUUUCACAAUGUCUUUCUCUUUGAGGAAAUACCAUCUGAUGGUUCUUAAUAUUCAUCUUUAUUGAAUUGUAUUCAUUCAGAAAGAGGUUCUGCUCCAGCUUCUCCUUCUCUGGUGCUACCAAUGAGGUCAAGCUAACCAUGACUUUUGAAGGGAACUAGGAUGGUGCACAACAAGCGGAAGCAGAUGAGGCAACGUGCCUACCUGACAUGGAAUGGGAAUCAGUGUUGUAAUACUUGAUCACUUGACUGCACUUUGCAUUAUUCAUUAGAACACUUUUGGAUGGAAUAUUCACCUUUACUUACUUACUUAGAUGCCUUGCACUAUUGCCAGUUGGUGUCAAAGACACUCUGAUACACUGUAGACACUUGAAGAAUGUAUCCAGCAUGUGUAUGUAUAUAGUUCUUCUGAUGGUUGAUUUGUUUCCAAUACAAUGAAGACUAGGUACUAAUAAUAAUGGAUUGGGCUGUUUGGUUUGGGUGGCUUUAACCUUCAUUGUGGGCCAUCACCCUACAAAAUGCCACUGUGUGGUUUGAUUUGCAGCUCAAGAAGAAACAACAGAACUAGGCCGUGUCCUUUCUUGACCAAAAGCUGCUAUUUAUUGGAAGAAGCACUAGCAUUACUUUGCAUAUCUCAUCUCUGCAUGUGCGAUAAUAUAUAUUCUUUAAUAUAAAUGUCUCCAUAAGUCACAUUCAGAGAAGUAAAUGUUGGAAAGCUUGGGCGUGCAUUAAUCACUAAGACAUUACCUAACCAUAUGAAUAGAUUGCUUAUGCGUUUUUAAAGGAAGCAUCCAUGGCUUUCUGGGAAUUUCUUAUUGUCUUUGGCAGCAGAAUGUAGCCGGGGUAAUACUGUAUAAAGCUCCCAAAGUGUUGUAUAUAUAUGAGGCUUCCCUUAAAGGGGAAUAAUCACAGAAUCUAUUUUUUAGACUGAGGUUUAAUCAUGUGCAAAUCCAUUUCCUCUCUCUAUAUAUAAUUUAUUAAAGAUUUUAAAUGGUUAUAAAGAUAUUAGUUGAUGCCCGAGACUCAUUGCACCCCAACGGCGUCAGGUUGCUGUCAGGGCAGCACAAAGCUGGUUAAGCCAAUAACGGCCAGCUCUCCUCUCGAUAGGCUCUGCUACAAACUUCUCUGCUGAUAAUGUUAAUGGCUUUUAUAGACUCCUGAGCUUAUAUUACUUACUCUCAGAAGCUGCUGUUUCACUGCAAGUAGAAAAGCCCAGCGAGCUGUCACAAGCAGCAGUAUUUUGCUCUCUCGCUUGGAGAAGGGCAGACAUGCAGCCCUCCAUGCAGGCAAAGCCCCGCUACUUGUGAUAGCAUUCAGGCCACUGUAUAUUGCCGCUUGUAGAGAUACAACAGCUAAGAAUUUAGCUAGUCAAACAAGGUUUAUUUGAAUGCUUAUGAGGUCAAACCAAUGGUUGGCCGAGAAUCAUCUGGAUAUCUAUGAAGAGAAUUAUUUUUUUCUUGUGAUAAACCUCUUAUUUAAAAAUGAUAAAAAAGACUGAUGAUUGUGAUUCUUCCCCUUUGAACAUGUCUAUAAAAAAUAGGGAGUCACCAAAUCGUAAAUUCAGACAAAGCUCAGCCUUUUUUUGCAGGAUUUGGAUUUGGCCAAAUCCUAAGUACCUAGCUGAGCAGAACCGAACCCUAAAUAUCAUAUGUAUUUAGGCCACUGUACAACUGAAGGUGAUUUUUUUUAUAUACUUCCAUUUUGGGGUAGCUUUUGUGGUGGCAAAAUCCCCAAAAUGUGGAUCCAUAGUGCAUCCAAAAGUAUCCAGACACCUGUCUGUCCAGCAUCUUAUUCCCAAACUAAGGCUUUUAAUAUGAAGUGUCUACUAGAUGUUGGAACAUUGUUGGUGGAUUUACUCAUUCAGCUGCAAGAACAUGUGAGGUUGGGCACUGAUCGGCAGUCAGGCCUUCCUCACAGUCAGAAUUCAGUUGUUCAUUUGGGCUUAGGUCGGGGCUGUAGCCAGUCCAGUAACAUUAUUUCAUUCCCUUCUCAGUAAAUCCAUUCUAUACAGACCUCACUAUGUGCCUGGGGACAUAUUGUGCUGCUUUGCCCAAACUGUUGCCAUAAAGUAGGAAUGUAACCAUGGAAAAUAGACCCAAACCCUUGUUCCUCCACCUCCAAACAAUUUGCAGUAUGCAUUUAGACAGGUAGUGUUCUCCUGGCAUUGGCCAAAUCCAGAAUUUUCUCCAAAGGACACAUUUCCACUUUACGCUUGUCAUUACCUUUGCUUACCUCUGAUUACUCAUAAAAACCCCAACCCUGACAUUGCUUCCAAGGACAAUUUCAAACUACAGUUUGGCCAUAUAGUAUAUUAUGAGGAAGCUUGGUCUCUCACAGUAAUUUCAGAAUCAAAUGCCCCAGAAUAAAGAGAGCACAGUGCCAGCACCAUAGAUUGUACAUUUCCAGGCCAGUUCUGAUGUAGGGAUUGUAUUUGUUAAUAUGACACUGACCAGCAAAGGGCUGACCCAGCACAGAGAGGGGUCAUGUAGAAUGGAUCUUUGUACAUCUGAACUGUAAAACUGACAUUUUUAAGCAAAACAAAUAUCACUUUGACUUCGAUGUGUAAUCCUCACUCUAAAGGUACACUUAUUAUUGUAUCAUAAUUGUAUUUAUGUAAUGAAAAUAUACAGGGAUGAAUUUGAUUAUCAUGAUUUGAAUGAUAUUAUCUUCUGAAUAUGAUUAUGAUUUUACAAUACUGUAGAGAAUGUUUAUUUUUUUGUCCAUAAUCCUUAUUAUACUUUCUCAAAACCCUCCUUUUAGUUAAAUCCAUUUAUUGGAGUGCCCUUAAAAUAUUCUAGACCGAGGGUUUGCCUUAUUGGCCAGGAUUGUGCUAUGGCAUGACUUAGUGAAUGAUCAGAAUGGAAGACACUGCUAAAUAAGUAAAUAGUUCUUCCUCGCCGGUUAUUCCCCCUGUAGAUCCACAAGAGCAAACUCCCCCAGUUAAAAAGUGUAACGGUGAGUUAUCAGUACAGUGUUUGCAGUAAAGCAAAAUGGAUGCUAGAAUUGUUGCAUGAUGUAUUAAAUAAAGGAUUCCCCAUACACACACACGUGAUACCAGGUGUUACAUGGCUUUUGCACAAGAUGGCUGUACAACUUGCACGCACAUAUUCUGUAUAUGAGUACAUGCGUUUCUGCUUUUCCUCUUACAGUUGGCCCCGUGCUCUAUUCUCUUGUGCCCUGUGUUGUUCCAAUGCUCUGACUGUUGGCCACUCUUAGCUCUGUCUGCUUUAAUAAUGCUUUAAUGCUUACACCCCGACACACUGAGCAAAAUCCUACACACACGCCAUCAUGUGACUUCUUGAUGUACCUAAACCUUUUUUUAAUUCUGUUUUUCCGAAUGAAACAUAUAUAAAUAUAUAUAAAUAUAACUCAUUCAAUUUGUAAUGCCUUAAUUCACAUUUUUUGUAAUUUUUCGAAGAAAACUGAUAACGACAAUACCAUAUUCAUUGUGGUCUUCAUUGUUUCAUCUUCUUUCAAACCUUCAUUACAUCAGCAAUCUAGUUUAUUCUAUAGAAAGAGCAGCAUGGCUAUUCUGCAUACUCUCUGUCCCAGCGUUCAGCUUAGGAACCGUGGCAUUUGAGAGGUGUGAUUAAGGCAAUGUACUAUUUUUGCCCAGUGCAUGUUGUCACCAUAGGCAGAACCAUAAAUUAUAUCAUUGAUAUCAUUUUUAUUUGAAAUAGUGUAAAGUUCUCGAGUUCAACUAUAGCGACCUUUUUAAAUGAGUCUCUUCGGAUAAUUAAUGUAAAAGAUAUGAAAAUAUUUGUACUAUGAUUUAUAUUCUGUAUAAGCCUAUGCCUGAAUGUAAAGCAAGUAAGAAUGUAAAAUCCGUCCGACGGGGCUAAAGAUUCCGUGACAAACACAAAACCCGAGGUUAUAUCCUGUUGAAAAGUUCUAAUUUCUUUACAUUGUUAAGUGAUGUUUUAAUGAGGUGACGAUGAGGAGAAGGCAAAAUGAUUGGGGGAUUUCUUCUUUCUGGGGCAUGUACUUCUAAUGAUUUGUAAUGAGUGAAUGAUUUUAUUCGGUGGAUGUCAUUUUUGAUAAAUGAAUAUGCCUGGUAACUGCUACCACAAUAAAAUUGUUUGGAAUUAUGUUUUCUUCA